AUGCUUAAGUACGGUAUGCGAGCGCUUCUUGGAGCUUAUCCACAGCAGUGUGCCGGGAUCUUGCUGCAGGGUCUCCGCCACGACUCGGCGGGAAAGCGCGCGGGUGCGGAGCCCACCUGGCACGCUGGAUACCUACAGCAAGGUAUGCUGUACUGCUUGCCCAGCACUGCAUUUCCACUUCCACUCAACUUGCACCCGGCCACUCCAGAAUCAGUGACGAACAAGCCGCCACUCCGUCCACGUCGCAGCCCCCCCCCCCCCCUCUCCGAAGAAUGGUUCGCCGCGGCCGAGAACCUCACCACACCCACCCCGCCAAUCCGCAAACCAGGCGUCUUCACCUACGCCGGAGCCUGGUACGACGGCUGGGAGACCCGACGCCAUAACACAGAAGAAUACGAUUGGGUGGUAAUCAAACUCGGCGUCGCGAGUGGAAAAGUAAGAGGCGUAGAAAUCGACACAGCAUUCUUCGACGGAAACCAUGCACCCGAGAUCGCGGUCCAAGGAACCUUCAACACAGAAGAUGUCGCCGACUCAGAAGUCUCGAAAAAGGAAUACAGAAAAUGGGAAACGAUCCUAGAAAAACAACCCUGUGGUCCCAGUCGUAGACAAGCCUGGAAACUCCCCAGCAUCACGGAAAAUCCCUACACUCACGUCCGUUUACUGAUGUACCCAGACGGCGGCAUCGCCAGGUUCCGACUCUUUGGAGACGUAGUUCCAGUCUUGCCCCAAGACGUGAAUGCAAUUUUCGAUUUGGCAGCUACAGUCAACGGCGGCGUAGCAGUUUCCUGCAGCGACCAACAUUUCGGAACAAAAGAUAAUUUACUCCUCCCCGGACGGGGUGUGGAUAUGG